ACGAGCGAAGGAAAAACGAUUGAAAAAGGACGCGGGGCGAACGCGGUGGUCACAAUACUUCCGCUCCAUGAAGAGUUCUGGCGGCGGCUCGCCAAGACAUGAUCGCCUGCUUGAUAAGGACGAGCUUAAAAUCGAUCUGGAUUCCUUCAGCCAUCACGAUCUAAGCAACGAUAGCUACAGCACUGUCGCGCUGGGUGGCGAGGAGGGCUCGCCGGCUGGCGGCGGCGCUGCAGGCACAGUCGCGCGGUUCGGAGCUGGCGGUACGCCGCCCUACCUUCGCGCGCAUUCGCCGCCCCACGCACAUUACCACUACCCCCCGGAUCAUCUCGUCUACACCAAUAUUGGUCAAGCGAUGAGCGGUGCUGGCAUUGGAGGCGCUGGUGGAACAUCGGACAUGAGUAGCUCAUCGUCUCCGGCGGCCGGCGGGUACCCAGACUUCCCCCCGUCGCCGGACUCGUGGUUAGGGGAGCCCCACCACUACUCACCGCGUGGCUUCCCCUAG